GCGUGCCUCCUUGCAGCCUCCGGAGCUCAGGGCGGGGCGACGCCGCGCAGCAGCAGCAGCUUCAUCACCGCUGACCGACACCGACCUCCUGCUCGUCUCCAGGCCGCGGCAUGGACGCCGGAGCCCGGCCUGUUUCCUCUGAAUCUCCGCGCGUCCGGUUCGAGCGGCGGUCCGAACUGAAGAAGGUUCUGAUCCAGUGAGGAUGAAGAUGAUGGUGAUGAUGGUGUGCAGUUAGAGCUGCGGAGCGGAAACAAACCGCAGACGGAUCCGUGCGUGGAGCCCCGCGCUCCGAUGCUGCAGAAAAAUCGCCAUUGUUUGGAUGCGCAGCAGACUGAGAGAGAAAACCCGACCGACACCGACACCGCCGGACCCACUCACACCAUGACGGCACCGCUGCUGCUUACGGUGUGUCUGCUCGGCCUCACCCAGAGCGUCUCGGCGUUCCAGGCGUCCGUGAACGACGACGGUUUGAUCGUGGUGACACUCGAGCGUUCGGACCUGCAGGAGAACGUCACAGCAUACGCGGCUCAGAUCUCCGGAGAACCCCGACCCGUCCUGGUCCAGUUUGUGAACACCAGCGAGCCUCUACUGUUCAACACGUCGCUCCAUGGUCUGUGCUACACUGUGGGACUGCUGGUGAAACGGGGACAGAGCUGGUCCAGACCCGUCAAGGCCGUGUCCGUGCUCACGAAGCCGCUUCCUGUCCUCACCGCUCACAUAUCGGACUAUAAGGAGUCUCCAGAGACCGGCGUGGUGUUUGAAAUCGAGCCUCCAGCCGGAAACGUUUUCAGCAGAGUCAACAUCAGUUACAUCGAAGGACAGGAGCGACGAUCCAUGCUUUAUAAAGAUUUCUAUAAGGGGAAGACGGUGUUCAAACACUGGUUACCGGGCAUGUGUUACCGUAACAUCACCUUCCAGCUGAUCUCUGAGGUCACAGUGUACCAGACUGCCCUGGUUACACACAGUGACAUCACACACACACCUCUACAGCACAGGACAGUCCCGUACCCGCCCCUCAACAUUUCCCGUAAGAUCGUUCACCUGAGCCAGAGGACGGCGCCCGAUGACGCCUCCAGCGUCGCCCCUCCUGAGGGGGACGGGGAGAGCCAGCCAGCCUCGCGUCGAGCCCGGGAGGUCCCCCUGAUGGAGGAGGAAGAGGAGGAGAACACCUCUGAGGAGGCGGCAGGGGCCGCCACUCAGGUUCCCUUCAACCCAACACACAACCUGACCAACACCAACGGCGUCAACCGGACCACCCAGAGCUACUGGCUGGACCCGACCGACCCAUCUCCCGCUGACAAGGAUGACGAGUUCGUCAACGCCGUGGUGUCGGAGUACGAGGACUCCAACGAGCCCGGUUCAGCCAUGGGUCUGCCCAACGAGGCGUCGGUGCUGCCCACCAAACUGCCCCCAAUCCUGCUGGAGCUGCGCUGGCUGCCACCGCGACCUCCGAGCAGCUACGACGGCUUCAACGUCUACAUCUACAGAGACGGUAACUCGACAGAAACUGCCACCGUGGACGAAAACACUCACAACUUCUUCACCGAGCUGACGGAGCCGGGAACGCACCGGGUCCAGGUCACCACGCUCAGUUCGUCCGGAGACUGCGAGGCCCGAGAGAGCACCGCCGACACCGGCUUCACCUUCUACCUCAGUCCCGGUGGCGAGCUGUUGGAGGAGCUCCGGGAGCGUCCGCAGGCCGUCAGCGUCAGACUGUUGGACUCCAGCACCGCCGCGGUCUCCUGGGCGCCGUCCUCCGAGAACCACAACGGCAGCCUGGUGUCGGUGAUCUCCACCACGUGCCUCCGGCCGAGCCUGAGCCAGAGGAUGGAGAGCACGUACUGCAGCGAGGAAAACACGACGAGUGACGUCAUCACGAGCCUGACGCCGGGCGCUCAGUACCGGGUGGUGGUCUAUCACACCAACGGGCCUCUGCUCAGUCCUCCGUCUGAACCCGUCAUCAUCGACAUCGAGCCCACAGGUGUGCGCGAGCUCGCCGUCUACCCGCUGAGUCCGACCGCCGUCAUCCUGAGCUGGCAGCGUCCGUACCACGUGGCCUUCAGGAAGUACGUCCUGCAGACCUUCUUCUUCAACCCCGUCACGCUCGCCUCAGAGUGGACCACCUACUACGAGAUCGCCGCCACCGCCUCCGUCAUCGCCUCCGUGAGGGUGACCGACCUGCUGCCCGCCUGGUAUUAUAAUUUCCGUGUUUCCAUGGUGACGUGGGGCGACCCGCCGCUCAGCUGCUGCGACAGCUCGACGGUCAGCUUCGUUACAGCUCCGGAGGCGCCGCACAUCUCCUCCGUGGAUUACUCUCACGGCGUCCUCUACGUGCGCUGGACGUACGGCGAGCUCUUCAUCGACCUAUCACACUCCAGGAUGCUGCACUGGCAGGUGGCGGCCGUCGGCAAGAAAGGACCCGAGAGGAGCUACUCCAUCGACGUGAGUGUUCUGGUCCGGUUCUGGUGUCAGUGUUCUCCUCUUUGGUUCCGGUGUCAGUGUUCUCCUCCUCCGUGGUUCCGGUGUCAGUGUUCUCCUCUUUGGUUCUGGUGUCAGUGUUCUCCUCCAUGGUUCUGGUGUCAAUGUUCUCCUCCGUGGUUCUGGUGUCAGUGUUCUCCUCCUCUUUGGUUCCGGUGUCAGUGUUCUCCUCUUUGGUUCCGGUGUCAGUGUUCUCCUCUUUGGUUCUGGUGUCAGUGUUCUCCUCCGUGGUUCCGGUGUCAAUGUUCUCCUCCGUGGUUCCGGUGUCAAUGUUCUCCUCCGUGGUUCCGGUGUCAGUGUUCUCCUCCGUGGUUCUGGUGUCAAUGUUCUCCUCCGUGGUUCCGGUGUCAGUGUUCUCCUCCGUGGUUCUGGUGUCAAUGUUCUCCUCCGUGGUUCCGGUGUCAAUGUUCUCCUCCGUGGUUCCGGUGUCAAUGUUCUCCUCCGUGGUUCCGGUGUCAGUGUUCUCCUCCGUGGUUCUGGUGUCAAUGUUCUCCUCCGUGGUUCCGGUGUCAGUGUUCUCCUCCGUGGUUCCGGUGUCAAUGUUCUCCUCCGUGGUUCCGGUGUCAAUGUUCUCCUCCGUGGUUCUGGUGUCAAUACGGCAUCCAGAACCCCCAACUAUCAGACACCACCCAAAUCCCCAUAGGUAUCUACUGCACGGACACCCCCUACUGCGUCGCUGCCUUGCCACAGGAAUCUAUUCAACCUCGGCCCACUGUGGAGAAGUGGUAA